AUGGCAAGUUCUACAGCAACCGCCGACGAUGAAUUGGUACCAUACCAUGCAUUCCACAAUAAUGAUGAAAAAAUGUUUCCCAUGCUAACCCUUUACUGUCCACCAGUGCCACCGUCAAUGCUUGUGGGCCGCUACAAACCUCCGCAGAAACCCCCAUACAAAUACCUGAACGACAUAUCAACUGCAGGGCUCCGUGAACACAUGGCUCAAGCUACAAUUGCACGCAUGUGGCGGGGUCUUCUAACCCGUCGCCGUUUAAAUAAUGAGGCGGUUCACCGCUACGUGCGUCAGGUAUUCGCUACAAAGAUCCAAUGCUGGUGGCGGUUCCUCAUCGCUGGGUGGAGGCGGGACAAGUUGUCCAAGAUAAAACAACAGUGGGUUGAAGAGCAGAAGAAAAACUUUUUGGAGAAGCGCUUGUCCGGUCAAGCGGCCAUGAGAACAUGGCAGCGAAGGCGUUUUGAGGACGCCGUUAUGAAAAUACAGCGUGUAUUCCGUUGGUACCUCAGUCGACGAGACCUUUUAUUCGCUGAUGAGGAAGCCAAGUCGAAGGUUCUUCCCUUCCCGGUGGAUUACAAACCUAAGGUGUAUUUCCCCUGGCGCCGACGUCGGGAGGAAGCGGUCCAAAAGGUAGGGGAGAAGUUUGAGACUGCAGAGGACUCCGAAGGGCUUACAGGCGGAUUCCAAUUCCGCAAAACACCAAAGUACCCCAGUCCACCAACGAUUGAAGAGGUCAAGGAAAUUAACGAUGCGAUGCGCCUUCGUGAAGCGAGGCUCGCGGAGAUUCUCGAUCAACCGGAGGUACAUGAACGCAGACAGUGGAAGAUUGAUGGUCUUCGGGAAGAUGACUUUGACCACAAUGCGGGUAUGAUUCAGCGUUUUGUUAAGUACAGAUGGGACGACGCGAAAAGGACAACGCUGAAGCUCACGUCGGAAUACUUUGAAAAGAAGGCUCGCAUCAUUCAGCGCUCCUUCCAUUUGUAUAAGACGUUCUGCAGAAUGCGGCAAAGCCGUAGGCUCAAUGAAAAGGCUGCAGCGCGGCUGAACACCGGCUAUGCGCGAGAGAGGUUGUCCGAGCUGGAAAAGGAGCUGGCGUGGAAGAAGAUUCUCCUUAAUAAUGCCGCCCUGACGAUUCAGAAAUGCUGGGCGUUCUACAAGUACAAGUUGACUGCGCAUGAUCCCUUCUACGCUGCCGCGAAUGAGGGAGAAAAGCAAGAAGUGGAUGUUGAGGUUACCGUGCCCACAGCCCCACCAUACCGGCUGAUUGAUGAUCAUAUCCAACGUGAAGCUCAGCUCCGCAACGCUGCUUGCUCAAGGAUGGCUAGGGAAAUGGAAGAAAUGGUACAGGCGAGGAAAAAGACAUGCGGCCAACGAUUCAAACCGAAAAAACUGAUUAUCGCUAGUGAGGAGAUGGUUUAUUGCCGCCGGUGCAGUGACAGCGAGGAGAACCCAGAGAUGUAA